AUUAUUCAACCUCUUUCACAUCCACUCUCUUGUCGUAUUCGCAAAGUUAGAACUAGGUAUGUCGAGUCUGUUCUUGGGGUCCUGGUAGUCCAUGGAGAUGCUGUGUUUCUUUGACACGGGAGAAAUCGGGCGAUGCGACGUACAGGCGAAUUGUCUGUAUUAUCAUGACUAUUCGCAUGUUCCAGGGUAGGUACACGCACGGCAUGUCGAUGAGUGCGGAAGUAGAUCAUCACUAUAUCCCCACGAUGAUCAGGAUGCUGCUGGUGUGGAUCUCUCGCUACGACAUGGCCUCCAACAACUGCCGGCGAUCCAGCCUCGGAGCGACGUCCAGUGCGAGUAUGAACGAACCCAUCAUGAAUCGUGUAUCUGCCUCGUCUUCGGCUGCGAGACUUGUUUGCUUGUGCUCGGAGGUCGGAGCGACUGCCUCUUUCGUAAACUGCAUCUCAAGAUUUGACUUUCUGGUAGAUUUGGUGUCAUCUCGGCAUUCUUCACACAGACGAACAGUGUGGUGUUGCAUCGGACGAUGGGAAGAGAAACACAACUCCACUUCAAUGCGAAGGAUCUGUGUAUUCAUCCGUCUUGACGUACUUCGUGCGUAUCGCAAACACUUACAGUACCCCAGCUGUCUUUGCCUCAGAACUUUGAACAUUUACCCACUGUGAUGUCUGGUUGAAAGAGGAGAAUAAAGUGUGAGACAGGGUUGUCCGGUCAGCGCGGGAAAAUUGAAGGUUUGGUCUGGUGGAAAAGCCACUAAAGCCACGGCCCACCCAAACGCUGUUUACCCUUGGAGGGUCCCUCUAGCUCUUCGCGUACGGAAACAGACGACAUUGUCGCAUUCAUCUGCCUGUGCGGAGGACAUGA